AUGCAGGGACCAGAGCGCUCCAGCUCUUCCUGCGCGAGGCGGGAACGUGUGCUGCGUUUGCAGGACUCGAGGUACAGGCAGAGCAUGGAACGUACUGAAGGGAAACGCUGCACGGCGUUUGUUCACCAGCAAGGCUUCCGGCCGCCUUCCAAGCUCUCCCGCGGCCAGCAGCACCCAGCGAGGUUCUGCGCAGCUGCCGCGACCACCUCUGCUGGAGCCCCCUCUCUGCAACGCAGCGCUGCCUUGCUCCAAGGUGGGCUGUCCUUGGCUUUCACCGGGCUUGCUUGUUGCAUUUUGCUUCUUGGCAGAAGGCGGAAUUCUUCACGGAGAAUAAGCCAUGAUAAUGAUUCCUGCGCACAAAGACAGGAUGAGGGCAAGGUCAGGCUUCAUCAUAAAAAACCCUCUCGCCUUGUGGUGCAGGGAGAAGCGUGGGGUGUAAACGGAGAAUCGGCCGGCUCAGGCUUCACCUUGCGCUGGGAGGCAGCCAUGGGUCGUACAAACCGCGGUCGGUCAGGACUCGUGUCUUUCAAACGGUGGCUGCAUAAUGUGGACAGGUUUUCAAAUGCAGCAAAAGAUCGCUCAAAACCUUUAAUUUUUUUUUUUUUUUUCUUCUCUUCAAGGUUUGGACCCCACGGAAUCCCUGUGACCAUAUUUCCUAAAAGGGAGUACAAGGAUAAACCCGAAGCCAUGCAGCUCCAGAGUAAACCAUUCCAAGACGAGGCACAGGUGAAGUGUGAAUCGAAUGCUGCAGUCCCUGAUGACUCUUCCCUCGCGCAGCCGUCGGAACCUAGCAUAGCUAAAAGCCUAUGGACUUCGAAGCCACCUCCUCUGUUUCAUGAGGGAGCGCCAUAUCCUCCUCCUUUGUUUAUCAGGGACACGUAUAACCAGUCAAUACCUCAGCCUCCGCCCCGGAAAAUUAAGCGGCCCAAGCGUAAAAUGUACAGGGAGGAACCCACUUCGAUCAUGAAUGCUAUCAAACUACGGCCCCGGCAGGUCUUGUGUGACAAGUGCAAAAACAGUGUUGUUGCAGAAAAAAAAGAAAUAAAAAAAGGUGGCAAUGCAAGUGACUCUUCAAAAUAUGAGGAUAAUAAAAAGCGAAGAAAUGAGAGUGUGACUACUGUGAAUAAAAAACUUAAGACUGACCAUAAAGUGGACGGAAAAAGCCAAAACGAAAGCCAGAAAAGGAAGGCUGUGGUCAAGGUUUCAAAUAUUGCCCACAGCAGAAGCAGAGUAGUUAAAGUUUCUGCACAAGCAAAUACUUCGAAAGCGCAGUUAAACACAAAAAAAGUUCUCCAGAGCAAAAACAUGGAUCAUGCAAAAGCUCGGGAAGUUUUGAAAAUGGCCAAAGAAAAGGCACAAAAGAAGCAGAGUGCAACCUCCUCUUCCAAAAAUGCACAUUCAAAGGUCCACUUCACACGGCGUCUUCAGAACACCAGCUCAGGUUCCCUCCCACCCCGAUUGCGUUUAAAGCCACAAAGGUAUCGGAAUGAAGAAAAUGACUCUUCUCUCAAGACAGGACUUGAGAAAAUACGGAGCGGCAAGAUGGCAACUAAGCCCCAGUCUCGCUGCUCCUCCACCCGCUCAGCAGGUGAGGCCCCUUCAGAAAGUCAGAGCCCCUCAAAAGGCUCUGAAGAGGCCAGCGGUGAGGUUCAGGACACGAGUGAAGUGCAUGUAACUGUUGAUCAGGAUGAACACCAGACACUGGGCAAGAGAGGCAGCAAAAGCAAUAUAACGGUUUACAUGACCCUUAAUCAAAAGAAAUCUGACUCUUCCAGUGCGUCAGUGUGUAGUAGUGAUAGCACAGAUGAUCUGAAAUCUACCAACUCCGAGUGUAGCUCUACUGAAAGCUUUGAUUUUCCUCCAGGCAGCAUGCAUGCACCUUCCUCCUCCUCCUCCUCUUCCAAGGAAGAGAAAAAGCUCAGUAAUUCCUUGAAAACGGAAGUGUUUUCCAAAAACGUCUCUAAAUGUGUCACACCAGAUGGCAGGACCGUAUGCGUAGGGGACAUUGUUUGGGCCAAGAUUUACGGCUUCCCUUGGUGGCCAGCCCGUGUUCUUACCAUAACUGUGAGCCGGAAAGAUAACGGCCUCUUAGUUCGCCAGGAGGCUCGCAUCUCGUGGUUCGGCUCCACAACAACAUCUUUUCUCGCUCUUGCACAACUCUCCCCCUUUUUAGAAAGCUUCCAGUUGCGCUUUAAUAAGAAGAGAAAGGGCCUUUACCGCAAGGCCGUCACAGAGGCAGCGAAGGCUGCUAAGCAGCUGACUCCCGAGGUUCGGGCCCUGCUGACGCAGUUUGAAACGUGAACGUGGACAGUAAGGUAGGCAAGAGAUCUGGAGGCUCCGCAAAAUUCAUAGCCUAGUUAGGGGACUGCCGUGAAGGACUGGCCAGGUCAGAAGUUGCACUCGGUUGACUGCUCUUUUUAUACUCAAGUCGUUCCAUUUGUAGCGGUUUCUUGGCAGUUAAACAAAUUGAACAUGCAAUCAAAAUUAGCCUACAGUGAGAACUUCGGUAUUUUUCAAGCGAGAAUUUUUUUUUAAAGAAAAAGAAAACUCCUCAAACACCCAAUGCAUAGGAGCCAUAGCCUCAGCUGAAAGGCAGCUUAUUUGCAGGGACUUUUUUAGUAGUUUCUACCCAGUAUAUAAGUAGUUGCUGUGUGGCAAGGGGUUAACACGAGGGAUGAAAGUAGUAGCUGUGACUUUUUUUUUGUUUGUUUGUUUUAGGUGGCCCAUCAGGGAAGUGUAGAAAUGUAAGCCUUGUCUAAAUGGUCUUUAAAGAUUAUUUUAAAUAGCCCCUGAUGCGUUUAGUCUGGCCAGUGGCAACUGGUGGCGAGCUUCCCCCUCCUCUGGAGGCACGCCCCGGUCCACGCGGGCCAGUCCGAACGGCGUCAGGCGGCUUGCUGGAAGGUUUAAGGAAGAAGAAUUCGUGGAACUUAAAGACCAGAUUAAAUGGGGUUUUAUCGUAGUG